GUCCUUGAUUUAGCGAAAUCGACUAUAUGGGUUGGCAACAUUGGUGUAUCAGAAAUGGCGGAUUAAACGAACGUAAAUUACCACGCUGCAGUCCUCAAUCCAAGCAAUCCCUACAUACUCCAACACCACAAUGGUGUCAGAAGUGCCGUCCGUGGUAGCGGAAGACUCCUAGAACCCGUGCACCACGAAAUCAUCGGCGAGCACCGCCACAGCAAUCAACGGAACGGGUCAACAUGGCACACACGCUGCCCCCGUUUCCGAGCUUCAACGUCCAAGCGACGGAUGCCAACAACAUCGGCCUCGAGUGGGCCAAGUGGGUGGACAGGUUCGAGAACUUUCUCGUUGCGUAUAACAUCACGUCAGACGUACGCAAGAAAGCGCUCCUCCUUCAUUACGCCGGUGAGGAAGUGCAUGAUCUCUACCGGUCUCUCCCGGACGACUCGUCAUCGGCAACUGUCAGCAGCACCGCGCAAGGCGCAGCGAGAACGUCAACAUCUGAGUACGACGCCGCGAGAGCAAAGCUCGACGCUCACUUCGCACCAAGAAUCAACCCAACAUUCGCCAUUUAUCGUUUCCGACAAGCACAACAGAACGUCGGUGAGUCACUCGAUGCUUUCUAUGCGCGGCUCCGGCAGCUGUCUCGUCAUUGCAACUUCCCAGACGUUGAUCUUGAGAUAAAGAAUCAGAUCAUCAUCGCGACCACAUCCACGCGCCUGCGGAAGUAUGCCAUACUGCAUUCGCUGGACUUGCCAGAUAUCCUCAAGCAAGGACGCAUGUUCGAGGACGUGGAGCACGAUGUGUCUGAAAUCGAGCGGAGCGCCGACAAGCCAGUCCUCGCAGUACGAAAGGAUGAGCAGCAUCGCGGCAGCAAGCCAAAAAGAAGUUUGAAACCGCCUCAGCGACCAAACUACCAGACACAACAACAUCACAGCCUGUCGACAGAUUGUCACAACUGCGGUGGCAAAUGGCCACAUGGCGGCGGACGAUCAAACUGUCCUGCAUGGGGAAAAACAUGCAAAGCCUGCAACAAGAUCGGACACUUUGCCAAGGUGUGCCGUUCAUCAAACAAGACAGUACAAACUAUCAGCCAAACCCGCCAAGACAGCAGUUCAAGCGGUGAAGAACACGUUUUUGUAGCAAAAACAUUGCCUCCAGCAAGCACGUCUCCCAAAGCUGUCAUCAGAGUCGACAACGUUCCAAUCACCUUCGUGAUUGACACGGGUGCAACCGUGUCGGUUGUUGGUGAAGAUGAGCUCCGGAACUGUCACCUAGAUGAGAAACUGGAGAAAACAUCCGUAAAGGUUUUUCCAUACAAAGCAACGUCUCCUCUGCAACUUCUGGGAAAAGUCUCAGUCAGCAUGAUGUACAAGGAAAGGUGCAGUCAAGAGGACAUCUUCGUCACCCCAGGAAGCUGCGCACCACUUCUAAGCUUUGCAGCAGCAUCAAAUCUUGGUCUUAUUCGAAUCACAUACCAAGUCGAAGACUCCCCAACAGGAAAGUCGAUCGUGGAAUCAUUCCCUAACUUGUUCAAAGGAGUUGGCAAACUCAGAGAGCAGCAAAUCCACCUCUUCGCGGAUGAAACUGUUCCUCCCAUCGCUCAACCGCACCGACGCAUUCCAUUUGCAGUGCGAGCACUUGUGGAGACAGAACUCGACCGUCUCCUGUCAGAGGACAUAAUCGAGCCAGCAGUUGGACCCACACCAUGGGUGUCUCCAGUGGUUAUUGUACCGAAACCACACCACCCUGAUGAGAUCCGCAUGUGCAUCGACAUGCGCCUUGUGAACACUGCCAUUCAACGAGAGCGACAUCUGUGUCCAACAGUUGAUGACAUCAUCGUAGCUCUCAACGGAGCAACCAUUUUCUCAAACCUUGACCUGAAAAACGGCUAUCAUCAGCUGGAACUGGACGUGUCUUCGAGACGACUAACAACAUUUUCAACGCACACUGGUUUGUUCCGCUACAAACGUCUCAACUUCGGCAUCAGCAGUGCAGCAGAAAUCUUCCAGAACACAAUUCGCCAAGUGCUAAACGGCAUCCCAAACGUCCUAAAUGUCAGUGAUGAUAUUCUGGUCUUUGGAAAGACUAAAGAAGAGCAUGACGCCGCUCUAGAUGCAGUCCUACAUCGACUUCAGGAAUCAGGACUAACGCUCAAUGAAAAGAAGUGUCACUUCCACCAGCGAGAGCUGACCUUCUUCGGGCUCAUUUUUUCAUCAAAGGGUGUUAGUCCAGACCCUAAGAAAAUCGAGGCUACCCCGUCAGAAACCGCAAGCCACCACGGCAUCUUGCUGACUUUGCAACAUAAUCCCUUUUAAAUUCUUUGUGAAGAAGAGUGAACUAUUACAAAAUGAAAGAACUCAUCUCAGCAAGUGUUCAGCUGAACAUCGACAGCACAUCAUUUAGUUAAUUUUGUUUUGUUACUUUGCAACAUUUUAUUUGAUGUAUUAGAUUCUCAAUUUCAUCUUCUCACAAGGAGGGUAGCUGUAGUGUCCUUGAUUUAGCGAAAUCGACUAUAUGGGUUGGCAACAUUGGUGUAUCAGAAAUGGCGGAUUAAACGAACGUAAAUUAC